AUGGCCGUCGUCUUGGCCAGUCCAGAUCUGACGUUGCAGACAGCCACGACUGGCCCUGCCACGUCUUGCGAGAGUCUGACACUGCCGUCACUGGCCGGACUGGAGAUCUCCAGCAUCCAAAGCGCCCCAGUGUACAACUACACCAGUCCUCUUUACCCCAGCGUGGCUCUGGAUAUCUGCAAUGUCACCAUGAGCUACAUCCACCAGGGCGAAGACGACAUCACGUGGGUCAACAUCUGGCUACCUCUGAGCAACUGGAACGGACGGUUCCAGGCCACCGGGGGCGGAGGCCUCGCAGCCGGGUAUGGCGAAUAUAGUCUUCCGGAGCCCGCCGCCAAUGGAUAUUCGACCGGCGCCACUGACGGAGGACUGACAUUGAACGGCACAAUCGACGCUCAGACGGGGCAAUGGGCAUUGAGGGAGGACGGCUCGCUCAACGAGAGUCUGGUCAAGAACUUUGCCCACCGAGCCAUCCACGACCUGGCCACCAUCGGCAAGACUCUAACUGAGUCAUUCUACGGAACACCACCAACCUACUCAUACUACACAGGCUGUUCGACCGGCGGACGACAAGGCUACCUCGCUGCCCAGGUUCAUCCCGAGGACUUUGACGGCAUCAUGGCCAAUGCACCCGCAUUGCACUCGCCUGAAAUCUCGCCUGCGGACUUUUGGCCUUCUGUCGUGAUGCACAAUCUUGCAGCGCCACCACAAUGUGUGUUUGACGCAUAUUAUAAUGCUGUGCUUGAGGUCUGUGAUCCUUUGGACGGGGUCAAGGACGGUCUGAUAUCUAACUUGGGACCUUGUGACUACGACCCGCAAGACCUGGUUGGGAAGGAAAUACAGUGCCCCGGCGGUGGUGAUGACAGCAACACCACCAUCACAGUACUACCGAUCCACGCAGAUGUUGUCUCUCGCAUAUGGCAGGGCGCCACAUCGACCACCGGGGCCUUUCUAUUCCCCGGAAACCCACGCGGUGCCAACUUUAGCGGUCUAGCCAACACCACAACUACCAACGGGUCAACGGUUCCCGUACCGUUUUCCGCCGCCGAAGCAUGGAUCAAAUACCUAGUCAUGCACGACCCAGACUAUGAUACUCGAAACAUGACCUUUGCCGAUUUCGAUUAUGUAUUUGAACAGUCCGUGGUCCAGUUUUCUGAUGUCCUCGGUACCCUGUCGCCUGACUUGUCGGCAUUCAGAAACCGUGGCGGUAAAUUGUUGACCUGGCACGGUCUGGCCGAUCAACUCAUCACGCCCUAUGGGACCAUGCUGUAUCGAUCCGCGCUGUCGCGCGAGAUGAGACUCACACAGGCCGAAUUGAACGAUUUCCAUCGUGUCUUUUUCGCUCCAGGGGUUGCUCAUUGUGCUGGUGGGAUUGGUCCGGUCCCAACGGAUCCGCUUGCUUCGUUGGUCGAUUGGGUUGAAAACAACGAAGCGCCAGAGACUCUGUUUGCGUCUGUGGCUGUGGCUGACACUCUGUCGGUGUCAGGAGCGGCUGGGACGAAUACAAAUCUUACGCGGAAUUUGUGUCCGUAUCCUGAGGUGUUGAGGUAUGAUGGGACUGGAGAUGUUAAUGAUGCAGAGAGUUUCUCUUGUCGCUAG